UAAAUAAUAUUUCCCAUAGUAUUCUUACUUUUAUAAAAUUGAUUCUUUUAAAAGAGUUUUUUGUUUAAAGAUGAUGGAUAGAACCACCUAAUAGGAAGAUUAAAUGCCAUAUAUAUUUGUGAUAUAUGUUACCUAAACCCUUGAUUGUGCCUGUGGAUUCUCCCCACCUUAUGAGUGUUCAGGUUAUUUUUUAACUAUUUGAUUUACUUUUUAUUUUUUGAUAGAGCCUAACUUUGCUAAAAGACAUACGAGUUUGUCUUUAGCUAUGGUUUGAUGUCCAUAAUUUGGGAAACGAGCUUAGAAUAAAACAUAUUCUUAAAAAGAGAUAGUAGCUUUUGGUAGAAAUAAGAGCUGGGAGGAGCCUUACACUGUGCUGAGAUGACCUGCAAGAGCCACAAGAUACACUCACUGGAGCCCUAGGUCCACAUUUCAGUGGUGGAUUGAAGCAUUUAGUCUAAAAAAACACAAACAAACCAGAAAAACCCACUAGGUUCCAGACUUUGUCUACUUUGUUUUUGGAGAUAGCCAAUACUUGGCAAUAUUGAUAACUCUAUUCUAAAUCAAUUUUACAUCAUGUGCUUCUAUCUUUAAAGCUAAAUUUUGUAAAACUGAUUGUUAUGCAUGCUGAUAAAAAGCAAAUGCACAAAAUAAAAUUUAUAAUGUUAUAAUGUAAAUCAUCUGCUAUAUGUUCUAGUAUCUGCUAAGACAUUGAAUUGUUUUUAACAUUACAUGUAGCUGAAAGAUGUAUUAGCAAUUACAUCCAUAGGAAAGGAAUUUAAUAGGCAUUUCCUUGCAAAUCGAGAUACGAGCACCUACUGAAAUUUUCUUGACAUGUGUUUGAUUUUCACUUUCUUUAUAAUGUGUUACUUUGCUGAAACCACAUUCAAAGGCUAGGAAGAUUGAACCCCUGCAAAAUACACUUGAAGGUUAAGUAACUACAGAUCUCAGCUAAUCCUGUGUAAUCUGCUCUUACUAAAUGGCUGUUUGCAUUCCAGGCACACCAGUCUCUGAAUGCUUAGGAUUUGGUUUUUACCUGUUGUUCCAAUAACCUCUAAAAGGAGCAAUGCGUCUCUUAGCAUGUCUGGGCGUUGUGCUUAGCUUUUUGGAAGGAGUGAGUUGUUUAUGUCCUUCACAGUGCACCUGCGAUUAUCACGGCAGAAAUGAUGGCACGGGAUCAAGGUCGGUGCUGUGUAAUGACCUGGAUAUGAACGAGCUCCCCCUGAACUUCCCCGUGGACACUGUGAAGCUUCGCAUAGAGAAGACCGUCAUCCGCACGAUCCCCGCCGAUGCCUUCUACUACCUGGUGGAGCUCCAGUACCUCUGGGUGACUUACAAUUCUGUCUCCAGCCUUGAGGCCAGCAGCUUUUACAACCUGGGGCAGCUGCAUGAGUUGCGCUUGGAUGGGAAUUCUCUAGCUGCCUUCCCUUGGGCAUCUCUGCUGUACAUGCCCCAUCUAAGGAUCCUGGAUUUGCACAACAACCAAAUAACGAGUGUGCCAAAUGGGGCAGCCAGGUACCUGAAGAACCUCACCUACUUGGAUUUAUCAAGCAACAGACUAACCACACUGCCACCAGAAUUCCUGGAGAGCUGGUCCCAUGUACUUACAACACUGUCCAGAAGCCGGAAGCUUUCACCAAGAAGAAUUAUUCUUGGUCUGCAGGACAACCCGUGGUUCUGUGACUGUCACAUUUCCAAAAUGAUCGAGAUAUCCAAAGUUGCUGAUCCUGCCAUAGUACUUCUUGAUCCACUGAUGGUCUGCAGUGAGCCCGAGCGCCUGACAGGGAUUUUAUUUCAGCGGGCUGAGCUGGAUCAGUGUCUGAAGCCAUCGGUGAUGAUCUCGGCCACCCGAAUCAUGUCUGCUCUGGGCAGUAAUGUCCUGCUACGGUGUGAUGCCACUGGCUACCCCACCCCACAACUCACAUGGGCCAAAUCUGACCACUCACCUAUUAAUUACACAGUAAUUCAGGAAUCUCCAGGGGAAGGAGUCAGAUGGUCGGUGAUCAGCUUGACAGACAUUUCUUACAAGGAUGCGGGGGAUUACAAGUGUAAGGCCAAAAAUUUGGCUGGGAUGUCAGAAGCCCUGGUUACUGUGACAGUGGUUGGUGUUGUCACGACCACCAUAGCACCAGACAGUUCUGAAAGAAGGAAUGGAGAUCACCCUGGGCGAGAAGUCCAGCCAGGACCUAGAAGAUCUAUAUCCAUACCUGGUUCAUCGCCAUCUCCCUGGCCUUCUUCCUCCUCUCCUUUCUCUCCCUCUUCUUCCACUUUUCUUUCUACUUCUACUUCAUUUCCUCCUUCUGCUGCUUCCUUCUCCUUAUACCCUUUCUUCUCCUCUGUUGUUUCUCCCACCACAACUCCAAGCACUAAAAUUUCAACAAGCACCACCAUGGCCAGCCGACAGUCACUCCAGCUCCAUCCAGAUGGGGAAAGAAAUUUAAAGGUGGAGAUGGGUGGAAGUAAGCGUCCCCCAGCUAGUGCAAGUAGAAAAGAAGAGCUGGCAUUAUUGGAUCGAACCACAAUAGAAAAUCUCAGGGCAGUCAGCGAGACCAAAGAGAGAGUGACCUUGAUGUGGGACACCAUCAACACCACGCAUAACUCUGAGGUGACCGUGUUGUAUUCCAAGCAUGGGGAAAAGGACCUGCUGCUGCUGAAUGCAGACUUCAGCAAGAACCAAGUAACCAUAGAUGGCCUGGAGCCUGGUAGGCAAUACAUAGCAUGUGUCUGUCCAAAAGGAGUGCCUCCCCAGAAAGACCAAUGUAUCACCUUUUCUACUGACAGUGUUGGAGAAGGUCAUUCUCAAGAGCCCUUCCUUAUUGCGGUGAGCGGCGCUGCCUGUGUUAUUGUCUUGCCAUUGAUUUUUUUCCUGUUGUAUAAAGUUUGCAAACUGCAAUGUAAGUCAGAGUCCUUCUGGGAAGGAGAUUUGGAGAAAGAGACUUAUAUCCAAUUUGAAACCCUAUCCCCAAGGUCUCAAAGUAUAGGGGAACUUUGGACACGAAGGCACAGAGAUGAUCCCGAAAAAUUGCUGCUUUGUUCUGGGUCAAGUGUGGAAUCUCAGAUGACUUUUAAAAGUGAAGAGAUCUAGACCAGAUUAUUAUCGCUAAGAUUAUAUAGCUCAGACACACAAGAAUGCACAAAAUAUCUUCCAAAAAAAAAAUGAAGAAUUUGAGGGUGUAUUUGCCUCUUUGUUUGGAUGACUUUUAGACAGACUUUCACAUCUUCCAUAAAAAUCACAAAUGGAGUGAUUUUGUGUUUUAAAAAACUACCAUCAGACCUCUGAACUGAACAAGCUUUUUAUUCUUUUUGUUUUUUAAAUCAAAUCUUUAUUGUUGAAAGUAUUACUUAUGUUCCCCUUUUCCCCC